UGAACUGGAUAACGUCUCCUUCAACCUGCAGUACAGUCUCAUUUCUCUACACACCAGCUCUGAGUGGAUGCUCAGCAGGGGUGUUUGAGAUAUUAGCCCGCUGUGGGGGGAAACGGCUCAGGGACUUCUACCAUCCACACACAAAGAGCCGGCAGUCAGGAGGAAUAUGGGCAAAUCCGAAAGCCAAAUGGAUAUCAUGGAGAAAUCAAGUAAACCUGGAAAGCGUCGUUGGACUGUUGCAGAAAUUGGUCUGUCCGUGCUGCUGCUGUUGGUCAGCUGUGCCUUGGCCGGGCUGGUAGUCCUCUACACGUCGGUUGUGAAAGAGCAAUCUAACAAGACGAGUGUGUCCAGGAGCUCAACAAGUGAAGGCCAGCUGUUUCGCUCCAGCCUCAACAGUGUGUGCACAACUGCGGACUGUGUUACUGCAGCUGCCCGGCUCUUGCAGAACAUGGAUCAGUCUGUGAAGCCUUGUGAUAAUUUCUACCAGUAUGCCUGCGGGGGCUGGCUGGAGAGACACGUCAUCCCGGAGACCAGCUCCCGCCACAGCGUCUUUGACAUUCUGAGGGACAAGCUGGAGAUUGUCCUCAAAGGUGUUCUGGAGACGGAGAAUGAACAGGACAGAAAUGCAAUCAAGAAGGCCAAAGUUCUUUACAACUCCUGCAUGAAUGAGAGCCUCAUAGAGCAGCGUGACUCCCAGCCCCUCCUGAAGCUCAUUGAGAGUAUCGGAGACUGGCCCGUGGCGUCAGAUGACUGGAACACCACCACAGAGGAAGCAUGGAGCCUCGAGGACACACUGGCAAAGCUCACUUCUCAUUUCCACAAGAAGGUUCUGCUGGAUAUGUACGUGUGGACAGACGACCGGGACUCUCGGCGCCAUAUCAUUUAUAUUGACCAGCCUGGACUGGGUAUGCCAUCAAGAGACUAUUACUUCAAUGAUGGAAACUACAAAAAGGUUCGAGAGGCCUACCUACAUUUCAUGGUCUCUAUUGCGAAGAUAACCCGAGAGGACAGGAACUUGACUCAGGAUGACGACCGUGUGUGGGAGGAAAUGAUGCAAGUGCUGGAGCUGGAGACAGACAUCGCCAACGCCACAUCACCGGCAGAGGAGCGCCAAGAUGUCACCAUUCUCUAUAAUAAGAUGACUAUUGGAGAGCUGCAGAACACAUUCAGCUUUAAUGGGUUUAACUGGACACGGUUUAUUCAAGGCGUGCUGUCCAGUGUGUCUGUUGAGGUGCAGCUUGAGGAGGAGGUGGUGGUGUACAGCUCUCCCUACCUUGAGAAGAUGAAUGACGUUCUCUCCAAACACAGUGUCAGAACUAUGCAGAACUACCUCACCUGGCAGCUCAUCAUCGACAGAGUGAACAGCUUGAGUCGCCGUUUCAAAGACGCUAGAGCCCGUUACAGAAAGACUCUCUAUGGGACCACAGUGGAGGACGCUUGGUGGCGAGAAUGCGUCCGUUACGUCCAGAGCAGCAUGGAGAAUGCAGUUGGAGCUCUGUAUGUGCAUGAGACCUUUGCAGGAGAAAGCAAACGAAUGGUCAGUGACCUCAUCAGUAAGAUCCAGAAAGCGUACGUGGAAACACUGGAGGAGUUAAGCUGGAUGGAUUUUCCCUCAAAGGAGAAGGCAAGAGAGAAGGCCAUGGCAAUCAAGGAGCAUAUUGGUUAUCCAGAUCAUAUUCUGCAGGACAGCAACAAGAAGCUUGACCAGGAGUACGCUCAUCUGAAUUUUAGUGAAGAGCACUACUUUGAGAACAUCCUCGAGAACCUCAAGUCAGAGGCGCACAAGAGUCUGAAGAAGCUCAGAGAACCUGUGGACCCGGACCUGUGGAUCAUUGGUGCUGCUGUAGUGAAUGCUUUCUACUCACCCAACAGAAACCAGAUUGUGUUUCCAGCAGGAAUCCUGCAGCCGCCUUUCUUCAGUAAACAUCAGCACCAGGCACUCAACUUUGGUGGCAUAGGAAUGGUUAUCGGACAUGAGAUCACACACGGAUUCGAUGACAAUGGGCGUAAUUUUGACAAGGAUGGUAAUAUGCUAAACUGGUGGAGUAAUUACUCUGCUGAGCAUUUUAAAGAGCAGUCACAGUGCAUGGUGCAACAGUAUGGCAACUUCAACUGGAAGCUAGCGGGAGGACAAAACGUCAGUGGAAUCAGCACUUUGGGGGAGAACAUUGCAGACAAUGGAGGGGUUCGUCAGGCAUAUAAGGCUUAUCUAAAGUGGGUGGAGAUGGAGGGUGAGGAGCCUCGUCUGCCUGGUCUAGACAUGGAUCACAAGCAACUUUUCUUUCUCAACUUUGCCCAAGUGUGGUGCGGUGCUUAUCGGCCUGAGUAUGCUAGCCAGUCCAUCAAGACUGACUCACACAGUCCCUUAGAGUACAGGGUGCUUGGAUCUCUCCAGAAUUUCGAAGCGUUCUCAGAAGCUUUCCAGUGUCAAAAAGGCAGUCAAAUGAACCCCGAGCAGAAGUGCCGUGUCUGGUAGAUAAUUUCACUCUUGAGAAAUGUAUUUCUUGACUUGGGCAACUCAAAUCAAAAGAACAAGUCUUACUGCUUCAACCCACAGAGACACCCUGCUCAUUUCCAAUUUAUUUGGGGCAGAGUGAUGAUGAUGCAGAUAUUUGCAUAUACUGUAGAUGUAUUCAAAAUGGAUGACAUCCUAGUUUUAAAACUUGAAGCACAUAUACUAUGAAAAAAGGAAACUUGGUAGAGGAUCCUCUCAAGUUUGAAGUGUUGUCUCUGGACGAGUGGGUCACUUGUUCGUUUUUUUUGCUGUGUCCCACGACAGCUGGGUACAUGAAUUAAACAGCUACAUAGAAAACAAAGACCUUGUGAAAUAGGUUAAAGCUUAAAUGGCUGGCUUUAAAUGCUUCGCCAGCCUUUCUUGAAUUAAUCCUUUAAAAAAAAAUCUCUUGUGCAGAUCUUUGUGAUUUAUCCACCAUCAUUUGGCACUGGGUUACCUCUUUCCUCUGAUGUAUUGUUUUCAAGACAUUGUGCCACUUAAGAAGAAACAAUAGUGAACAAAUCUGACUCCGACUGAAGGGUAUGAAGUAAAUGAAAGCUUGGGCUUUGCCGAAGUAAAGCUACAAUAGAAUUAGUCACACUCCGAGAGUUUGGUCAUUCACUGUUACAUGAAACAAAUUACCUAAAGACUUUAAGACUGUUAAAUCUUUGCAGCUUUAACCUUAAAUUAACAUUCACAGAGAGCUGCGGCUCUCCACAUUUUUACACUGACAGAGUGGAUAAAUAUUUAAAAUUUACAAAGCUAUUUAGUACUUUUUGGAGGAUAAUUUUUUUCUAAGUUUCUUUAUCUCGUCCUGCAAAUGAUUGUUGCUUAAUACUCACUGCAGAAAUGUAUAUGUACGUCAUGACAGUUUUCCUGUAUCCCAGAUGUUUUGAAGAAUACUGGUGGCCUGCUGCUUUUUAGCUAGUGAGAAAACAUCUGUUGGAGAUAGAGUGAUGUGAUAAUGAUAGAAAAAACCAAAACAAUGUAUAUCACUUUAUUGCAUUAUUGUUUACCAGAGGUGUGGACUCGAGUCACUUGACUUGGACUUGAAUCACAAAUUUGAUGACUCAAAGACGCUCAACUCACUUCAGACUUUAACACCAAUGACGUGUAACUACUCUUGGACUUAAAAAUACUUAAUAACUUCCCCCAAAGCAAAAUUAAGAGUCAAGUUAUUUCAAAAGUGUGCCCUGGAUCAAUUCAUUUUUCCAGUCAUUUCCUGAAUCAACUAAAAAUAACGCUGCUCAUUCUGAACAGGUUGACACUUCAUCCCAAGAUGAUCCACUUUGUAUAAACCAAUCCAACAGCAUCCAGUCAAGUUGCAGGAGAGAACUAUAAAGAACUAAUGUUGCAAAACAUGAUACCAAA